AUGAAGCAAAAAGCGAAAAUAAAAACCCAAAAAGUCGUUCGCAAGAAUGUGAAAGCUGGAUUUCUGAAGAUUCUGUUCAGUGAAUUCUACUCUCCGACGGCAGUAGCGAAAAUCAAAUACGACCGUCCGGACUAUGGAAUGGAUAGAGAAAUCAUCGAAUUCAUGUGUAAAGUUGUCAAAAAGUGUGGACGACUCGAUAGAGAGCCGUUUGAUUUCGAAGUUUUCAAGCUGAGUCUUCUUUACUCGUUGACUCCAGAUAUUCGAGGACUUGUAGGAAAAGUUGAGAUCCCCGACCAUGAUCCGUCCCACCGUCUAGAGCUGACAAAACUGGAGAAGAUUCGCGAUGAGUUCCACUACUUCCAAACGAAACCGAAACCAGUUUUAGAGCCACACAUCAGCAAACUCCUCGAUUUCAUUUUUGCGAAAAUCGAACCGACUUACAAGUAUUGUGAAGUGGUGGAAUACAAGAAAUCGACGGUGGACUGUGGUAUCGAGGGUGUCAUCCGACAGUUGUGUGAUGCGGUACCGAAAAAAGACCAAGAAACCGGAGACCGCCCGGGAGGCUCCGACCAUGUCGUCGUCGUGAGACCCUUACCAUGGCCAGAGCGUGGAUAUGUGGCCUCUAACCUUGUGUACGAAACGUUUCCCGAGUUGCAAGAGUUGUUCGAGUCGAAGGAUGGAAAAGAUUUUUAUCGAUUGUUCAUGUUGUAUAUUGGCAAACUCUGGCCAAAAAUGCAAACAACGAUUCUUGAUCACGUCAACGCGUUUGCUAUUCGAUAUUUCCGAUGGAUCGUCGAAAUGAUGUCGUUCCCUCAGAAUCUGCCGCCUGAAAUUCGAUGGAAAUAUGCACCGAUGGGGACGGUCUACGACACCAUGGAGCCCCCAAUCACACCGGACCCAUCCAACAAGUUGCUCCUCCGUCUUUUCCAUUACCAGAGAAAUGGAAAACCAAAAUCGAAGUUUGUCUUCAUCCAUGAAGUUCGAGUGAUCUUGAAAAAGUUGAAAAUGCUGGGUGUCGAGUUCGCCAAGGGUGGUGAACCGCUACCACCUGCCGAAGAAGACGAGGACUCUCCCGUCGUCCACGAGAUUGCAGAAUUCACGUCGGCAGGCCAUUUGAUGAGAAUGCUCCAGAAAUUCGUUCCUCAAAUCUACGACUACGUGGAAACGGUGACCGCAUUCAUGCAUCAAUUGACAAUGGUCGAUGAUAAGAUACUUCCGAUCGUCUCGCCGUACAAUUCUCAUUGUAUUCCGGAUGUGAAGGGAAUGGAACGAAUCAUGGAUAUUCUGGUGCAAGAAGUACAAAUCGGCCGUCGGAUCCCUCUGAAUUUCCGUUGUUUGGAAGUUCUCAUCCGUAAAAUGGAUCAACAUUUCACGGGAAGAGCCCCAUUCAAGACAAUGGUCGACCGGAAAGUGAUCAAUGAGUUGAUGAAGGACGCGACGGGUCUCAUGGAGAAAUAUAAUGGAAAAGUCAACCAUUUGCAUAUCAAAUUGGGACAACUCACACCGAAAUCCACGUAUUCUGAACAGAGAGACGCGUUUUUGGAGUAUUAUCCACAGUUCCAACCACUGAUUCCCCGAUAUUAUGCAAUCGAAGUGAGCACGCCGGAAGACUAUCCACGGUUUACACGUCCUGGAGAACCGGAACUCGAACUCAUUGUUCCACUCAUUUGGAAAUUCCAUUAA